AUUGUCAGUGUCAGUCAGAAAUUGCAUUGCUUGUGUGUCGUAUUCGUAUAAUCGUAAAGUAAAUCAAAAUAUUAGUCGUGUCACGAUACCGGUCAUAGCAGGCUAAACUGUAAUCUAAUAGAAACAAAAUGGUGAAUACAGUUCAAUUGCACGGGUACGAUGAGUUCUCGAAAUACAUUGAAACCGUAGAUCCAAAAGGCCCGCCAGUACUUUUAUAUUUCAGUGGUUCUAAGCUACCGUCGGGCGAAAGCUGGUGUUCUGAUUGUGUCGAAGCCGAGCCUGUGGUUAAUGCAUACCUGAGUGAGCUGAAGAAGGAUAUCAUUUUUGCUUAUGUUGAUGUUGGCAAUAGGGAAACGUGGAAGGACAUGGCCUGUUCAUUCAGAACAGAUUCUCGCUUGAAGCUCAUGGUCAUCCCUACAAUGAUCGUCUGGAAGGGCGUGCAAAGGCUUGAAGGUUCCCAAUGUAACAAGAGGGACCUGCUUCAAAUGCUAUUUGAAGAUGAAGAGUAAUACGGCUAAACAGCCCUCGAUGUAAUUCUAUACGUAUGUUUUUGUAUAUAAAGGUACUAAUAAGUGGCAUUAACUGUUUAUUGUUUAAUAAAUAAAAUAUUUUUACAACACAUAGAA